AUGACAGAAGGCAACAAGUUGGUUCUGCCAGCCGGACAGACACCCUCGGAAAUCGAGAAGCAAAUCGCUGGAGCUCUGAGCGAUUUGGAGAGCAAUGCAGAAAUCAAGGGCCAACUUCGGGAAUUGUACAUCGUUGGUGUCAAGGAGAUCGAAUUCCAACAAAAGAAGAUUGUCGUCGUCUUUGUCCCCGUGCCACAGUUGAAGCUCUUCAACAAGAUCCAAAUCCGAUUGAUCAGAGAGCUCGAGAAGAAGCUUGGAGGAAAGCACGUUGUCUUCAUUGCUAAGAGACGCAUCCUUCCUAAGCCCCAACGUGGUACCAAGAGGGUUCCCGAGAAGCAAAAGCGACCGCGUUCUCGCACUCUCACUGCUGUUCAUGAUGCGAUCCUUGACGAUAUCUGCUUCCCUGCUGAAAUUGUUGGAAAACGUAUCCGAGUCAAGACUGAUGGAAAGAGAAUUAUCAAGUGCCACUUGGACAAGACUCAACAGACGAACGUAGAACACAAAGUUGACACUUUCUCCAUUGUUUACAAGAAGCUCACCGGCAAAGAUGUGACGUUUGAAUUCCCCGAUCCACUUUUCCCU